CCACGAUCGUGUGCUGUUGUUGGCCGCUAGAUUCGUUAGCAGUAAUCGUGUUAUUAUUAAGAGCCAGCAGUAGCUGCAAGAUAAACAUUGCCGUUGCAGACUUAUCCGCCACUAGUGUCAGUCAACAACUAUUUAUUCGCGAAUACUAAUCUUCUGUUCAUUCACUGUAAUUUCAUCCCAGACGACGUUCUAAUUCGAUCGUCUGAACGACUUAUCCUUAUUUCAGUUUGCUAUUCAUCGAAUAAAAAUGUCUGAUACUCUCUACAGAAGUCCAUCAAUGGCUAUACGCUCUAGCACUGCUGAUAUGGGCGCUUUAACGUCAAUGAGUGUAGCCGAUUUGGGAAGUUUAACACGAUUGGAGGAUAAGAUUCGGCUGCUGCAAGAUGACUUCGAAUCAGAACGCGAACUUCGAAAUCGUAUUGAACGUGAACGUGCUGAUUUGAGCGUUCAGUUGAUCGCUCUCACUGAUCGUUUACAGGAUGCUGAAUGUGCGACCGAUAGUCAAAUUGAAUCGAAUCGUAAGCGCGAAGUGGAGCUGUCAAAACUACGUAAACUGCUGGAAGAAUCACAGUUGGAAAAUGAAGAUGCGAUGAAUGUGUUGCGUAAGAAACAUCAAGAUGUUUGUCUUGACUACACCGAGCAAAUUGAACAACUCCAGAAGAAGAACUCGAAGAUCGAUCGUGAACGACAACGUCUUCAGCAUGAAGUGAUUGAACUAACGGCCACAAUUGAUCAACUCCAAAAAGACAAACACGUCGCUGAGAAAAUGGCGCAAAAAUUCGAACAACAAACCAUUGAGUUGUCGAAUAAAGUGGAAGACUUGAACAAACAUGUGAACGAUUUGGCACAACAACGACAACGUCUCCAAGCCGAGAACAGUGAUUUGCUGGCUGAAAUUCACGAUCAAAAGGUACAACUCGACAAUCUGCAACAUGUCAAAUAUCAGUUGGCACAACAAUUGGAAGAAUCUCGUCGUCGUUUGGAAGAUGCUGAACGUGAACGCUCACAAAUGCAAGCACAACUUCAUCAGGUACAACUUGAGCUUGAUUCAGUUCGUGUGGCUCUAGAUGAAGAAAGUGCAGCACGUGUUGAAGCCGAACACAAGUUAUCGUUGGCAAACACCGAAAUCACACAAUGGAAGAGUAAAUUCGAUGCUGAAGUGGCUUUACAUCACGAAGAAGUUGAAGAUUUACGCAAGAAGAUGAUGCAGAAACAAGCUGAAUAUGAAGAACAAAUCGAAAUCAUGCUCCAAAAGGUAUCACAGCUCGAAAAGGCCAAAGCUCGUCUACAAAGUGAAGUUGAAGUUCUCAUCGUUGAUUUGGAAAAAGCUCAGAAUACAAUCGCAAUUUUGGAACGUGCUAAAGAACAACUCGAGAAACAAGUGCUCGAGAUGAAGUCUAGAAUCGAUGAACUNGAACUUCAGAAGAUGAAGCAAUUGUACGAGAAAGCCGUUGAACAAAAGGAAGCGUUGGCACGUGAGAACAAGAAACUUCAAGAUGACUUACAUGAAGCUAACGAAGCUCUUGCAGAUGCUAACCGCAAAUUGCACGAACUCGACCUUGAGAAUGCUCGUCUGGCUGGUGAGAUUCGUGACUUGCAAGUGGCUCUCAAGGAAUCUGAAGCUGCAAGACGUGAUGCCGAAGCUCGAGCUCAACGCGCUCUCGCUGAGCUGCAACAAGUCCGUAUUGAGAUGGAACGUCGUUUGCAAGAGAAAGAAGAAGAAAUGGAAGCCCUGCGUAAAUCAAUGCAAUUCGAAAUUGAUCGUCUUACCGCAGCACUUGCUGAUGCUGAAGCACGUAUGAAGGCCGAAAUUGCACGUCUUCGCAAGAAGUAUCAAGCGGAGAUCGCCGAAUUGGAGAUGACCGUUGAUAACUUGAAUCGUGCAAAUCUUGAAGCCCAGAAGACCAUCAAGAAACAGAGCGAACAAAUCAUUCAAUUGCAAGCCAAUCUCGAAGAUACGCAACGCCAAUUGCAGCAGACUCUCGAUCAGUACGCACUGGCACAACGUAAGAUUUCGGCGUUGAGCGCUGAAUUGGAGGAAUGCAAGACCGCAUUGGACAACGCGAUCCGUGCACGCAAGCAAGCCGAAGCUGAUCUUGAAGAGGCACAUGUACGCAUCUCGGACUUGACAUCGAUCAACAGCAACUUGACUGCAAUCAAGAAUAAACUCGAAACCGAGCUAUCGACGGCACAAGCAGAUUUGGACGAGGUCACCAAAGAGUUGCAUGCAGCAGAUGAACGUGCGAAUCGCGCAUUAGCAGAUGCGGCACGUGCAGUGCAAGAGUUGCACGAGGAACAAGAGCACUCAAUGAAGAUCGAUGCUCUUCGUAAAAGUCUCGAAGAGCAAGUGAAACAACUUCAAGUACAAAUUCAAGAAGCUGAAGCAGCGGCACUACUCGGCGGUAAACGUGUUAUCGCUAAGCUCGAAACACGCAUUCGUGACCUGGAAGUGGCAUUGGACGAGGAGACUCGACGACACAAAGAGACACAGAGCGCAUUGCGCAAGAAGGAUCGUCGUAUCAAGGAAGUGCAAAUGCAGAUCGAUGAAGAGCACAAGAUGUUCGUGAUGGCACAAGAUACCGCUGAUCGUAUGCUCGAGAAGUUGAAUAUCCAGAAACGUCAAUUGGGUGAAGCCGAAGCGAUGACCAUGCAAAAUCUGCAACGAGUUCGCCGAUACCAACGUGAGUUGGAGGAUGCCGAAGGUCGUGCGGAUCAAGCCGAAAGUUCGUUGAAUUUGAUUCGUGCCAAGCAUCGUGGUACAGUGGCGGUUGGUAAAGCUACCGAUGUUUAUGUUGUAGAAGAGGAUUGAAUCUGAUGUGUUGAAUAACACGCCGAAUAUGAUCGAUUUUUUUUNUUUUUUUUCAGCAAAAAUAUUUUUCAAAGAAAAUUAUUUACAACAAAAAAUUGUCUAAUCGUUGUUUGUCGAUACAUUAUGGAUGGAUUUAUCGAAAUGUCGUUUACGUAUCCAAUUUGUUUUUCGAUUACCAUUCAUUUUCAGUUUCAUCUAGCUAAAUUGUCUCAUAAGCCCUAAGGUUUGCUCUAAUUCGAAUUCAUCUUAUUGAUGGCAUCGUUAUGCAAUAUUGUACUGUGAAAUUAUUGUUGUGCAUUUGUCAUGAUCGUAUACGGUUUGCUUGAUCAUAAACGAUAUUGAAUCUGC